AUGAAAGAAGCUCAAGUCCCUCUACCCGAUAUCCCUUCACAGCUGUCCAGCUCUUCGACAAAAAGAGUAAGCCGCUUCCUAGUAAUUGGGGCUGGUUCCAGAGGAAACGCCUACGCACGUGCCGUCACCAGAACAACGCCAGGUAACGUCCACGCCGUCGCCGAGCCCCACCCCUUCAAGCGGCGCGAAUUUGGCCGAAACUACAUCUGGGGCGCAGAAGGAACACCAAGCAAAGGCCAAGAAUUUACCGACUGGCGUGACUGGCUAGCCUGGGAGACCGAGCGACGUAAACAAGCUUCUCAAAGCGGUGAUGACACAAUCCCUCUAGGUGUGGACGGAGUUUUCAUCUGCACACUGGACGAAACUCAUGUUGGGGUUAUCCAGGCCAUUGCCCCAUUGAAUCUUCAUAUUCUCUGCGAGAAACCUCUCGCUCUUUCACUGAAAGACUGCUUGACUGUCUAUCGUACCCUUCAACCACCCGAGGGUCCUACCAAAGCUCCCCGUGAACAAACAGCCAUCUUCUCCAUUGGCCAUGUCCUCCGCUACAGCCCACAUAAUAUCUUACUUCGCAAGCUACUACUUCAAGAUCGCGUGAUCGGCGAUAUAGUCUCACUCGAGCACACCGAGCCCGUAGGAUGGUGGCAUUUCUCCCAUAGCUAUGUGCGCGGUAACUGGCGUCGUGCCACAGCAGCAGGUGACGGCUCUUUGCUCACGAAAUCAUGUCAUGAUAUUGAUUUUAUCCUAUGGCUACUCUGUUCCCCUACUUGUCUAGAAGAAGCACAGAAGAAAAGAUCUGCCCCGCAUUUCCCACGGAGUAUCUCAUCAGCUGGAACCUUGACACAAUUCCGACGUUCAAGGAAACCUGUUACAGCGGGCGACGCUACUACCUGUGUUUCUUGCCCUGCGGAGCGAGAGUGCAGCUAUAGCGCGGUGCGAAUAUACAAGGACCGGCAUCUUGGAAGGGGACAUACUGGGUGGCCAGUUGAUAUUGUUUGCCCUGAUAUCGAAGAUGUGUAUUCGGCGCAGGGAGCCGAUGCAGCUGAGAAGCAUUUGAUGUCUCGAUUGAGUGAAGAUUAUCAGUUUGGAGUGCAGAGUGAUGGAGAUAUUGCGGCACGCCCCUGGUAUGGACGCUGUGUAUAUGAGGCAGAUAAUGACGUUAUGGAUGAUCAGGUGGUCACUUUUGCGUGGGAUGAUCAGACGGGUUCACCACAUCGUCUUGCGAAAACUGCUUCUUUUCAUAUGGUCGCGCCGACGGAGAAACAGUGUGAGCGAAGAGGAAGGGUUUAUGGGACUACGGGAGAAAUUGAGUAUGACAGUUAUACUAUCUCGAUUUAUGAUUUUGCGUCUGGAACAACUAUUGUGCACGAUGUGCCAAAGCCGCCGCCUGAGAGGGCCGAGUCGCAUGGGGGCGGGGACUAUGGACUUGCAGGAAAGUAUGUUAGCGCUGUUCAGGCUGUUUUGAAUGGGGAAUUGGAUAUUCAAACUGCCCAGGCCAGGUUUGUUGGCUGUACGCUCGAAGAAGCAGUCCGUAGUCAUGCAGUGGUCUUUGCAGCUGAGGAGGCCAGGAGAAGUGAGCGUGUUGUGCGCUGGGGAGAUUGGUGGUCACAGAAGUUGAAGGACUCAGCUGGUGAUCUCUGA